CAGCUGUUCCCACCCCUGCAGGUACCACUGAGGACUGCGACAACCAAAUGCUAUGCCCAGCAAACACCAAGUGUGUGAACAACACCCACUGCACCUGCCUGGAUGGAUACUGGCCAAGAGAAAAUCACCCCAUCCUCUUCACCGAUACAACGGAGAUCUGUGACGAUAUUAACAAGUGUCUGGGGCCGAGCCCGCCAGACUGCGGACACAACACAAACUGCAUCAACAUGGUUGGGAGUUACUACUGCACCUGCAUCGAUGGCUACGAGCCCAGUUCUGGGAAAGCCUACUUCAUGAACGUGAGUGAGAACCCCUGCCAGGGUGAGCUCUCCCCUGCCCCCAUCUGCUGAAACCCCCCCUCGCA